UACAGGUAAGUGUUGGGAAAGGCUGGCGAACAGCUUGAGAUUGAAUGCCCUUACAUGUGUGCAGGUACAGGCACUGCAGACUGUACUUUCUAAGCAAGUGGACUGCAUUACUUUGGGUGGUGCUGCUAAGAUUUUUACGUACCGUUAAUUCUGUUGCUUGUUCUGCAUGUUUGUUUAGAAAUAAAAGCACUGUUCACAUCUAAUCUGACCGAUACAAUAAAAGAAUAGACUUGUGGAAUGCAAAAUAUGUUGGUUUUAAACAAAAUCAACGUUGUAAACACAAAAUUUUAGUCUGUAAAUGUAUUAAAUUGUAAUGCUCUACUAUUCGUAUGAUAGAAGAAAUGGGAAAUACUUCACUUGUUUGUGGAGAAAAAGUACUGUAUCUCUACAAUUAUACCUGUGCCCUAGGACAUGGUGUCGUGUUACAGCUAAACAACAUAAGUAUGUGCUGUUGCUAAAAAUGACUGGCUUCUGAUUUCCUCACCCCUGACUGCCUGUCCUCACUGCUUUGCAUGGUUGCAGGUGUGACUCUUCACACAGGCUUCUCCGUGCAAGAUUAGCCCUUUGAAUAAGUAGUUUUCCAUGCGGCCCCUCGUAGCACAAGGAAAGGAGCAGGACCACAAUCUGGAGACGGACUUACCUCUACAGCGAAGCUGAUUUAGCAUCAAAUUGCAUCCUGUUUCACAAAAAGCACUGCAGGAGCUGCAAGGCACCAGCCAUGCUCCCCUCCCAGCCUCUCCUGCACGGUGCCGUGCUGGCACUUGCUGCCCUUCAGACCCUGGCCUCCGACACCUUCAUUGCAGCGGUCUAUGAGCACGCCGUCAUCCUACCAGAUGCCACUUACAAGCCUGUUUCUCCUGACAAUGCUUUGGCCCUCAUGAACAAAAACAUGGAUGUCUUGGAAGGAGCCAUCAAGGAAGCUGCCCAGCAGGGUGCCCACAUCAUUGUGACUCCUGAAGAUGGCAUUUAUGGCUGGCGUUUCACAAGAGAAUCCAUCUACCCCUACCUGGAGGAUAUCCCUGAUCCAUCAGUGAACUGGAUUCCCUGCACUGACCCCACAAGAUUUGCCCCAGCACCAGUGCAGGAACGGCUCAGCUGCAUGGCCAGGAAUAACUCCAUCUAUGUCGUUGCAAACAUCGGGGACAAGAAGCCAUGUAACUCCAGUGAUCCCCGUUGCCCCAGAGACGGUCGCUAUCAGUACAACACCGAUGUCGUCUUUGACCCAGAGGGGAAACUGGUGGCUCGUUACCACAAGUAUAAUCUAUUCAUGUCAGAAACUCAGUUUAAUUACCCAAAAGAGCCAGAAGCCAUCACCUUUGAAACCCCUUUUGGGAGGUUUGGCAUUUUCACUUGCUUCGAUGUCCUUUUCCACGAGCCUGCUGUGGUCCUGGUGAGUGAGUUGCAGGUGGACACCGUUCUUUUCCCGACGGCUUGGAUGAACGUCCUGCCCUUUCUGACUGCGGUUGAGUUUCACUCUGCCUGGGCUAUGGGCAUGGGUGUCAACUUCCUAGCUGCCAAUACACACCGCACCAGCAAGUCUAUGACAGGGAGCGGUAUUUAUGCACCAGACAGAGCCAGAAAAUACUACUACAAUAUGAAAACUGAGGAUGGUCAUCUCCUCAUUGCUGAACUUGAUUCACACCCUCAUCUUUCUCCUGCCUCCCCACCUGCUGUCAACUGGAGCUUAUACGCUUCAAGUGUCAAAAGAUUCUCACCAGAUGACCAUGAUUUCGAAGGACUCAUCUUCCACGAUCGGUUCACUUUCACUGAGCUCACUAAGCAUGAAGGGAGUCUCACUGUUUGCCAGAAAGACCUCUGCUGUCACUUGAGCUAUGAGAUGGCAGGGAAACAAGAAGAUGAAGUUUAUGUGCUGGGUGCUUUUGACGGGCUUCAUGUUGUUGAAGGACAAUACUAUCUUCAGAUCUGCACGCUGCUCAAGUGCAAGAGCACAGACCUGAACACAUGCGGGCAGCCGGUGGAGACUGCGCAGACUGAGUUUGAGAUGAUCUCCCUCAGCGGCACGUUUGGCACCAACUAUGUCUUUCCAGAAGUCUUGUACAGCGAGGUGCAGCUGGCUCCUGGGGAGUUUGAGGUAUUGAAUGAUGGGCGCUUCGUAAGUAAGACGAGACCAACAAAACCAGUCGUCACUGUGACGCUUUUUGGACGGUGGUACGCAAAGGACCCACAGCAACCACCCUUCCCAUGAUUUUACCAUAACUGAAGCUGUACACUGUUAAUCUUAUGUCAAAAUGAGAUACAGCAUCUUCUACUGAAACAAUCCUAAUUAUGUUUCUUAUUUCCAGUUGCACAAGCUUCUUCUCAAUGUGCUUUGUUUAGUAAUAAUGCAGCAGUAUUAUGUGAUUGCUACCAUUUAUUGAGAAGUAUCUGCUUCUGUAUCAAAAGAUUACUAAUCUUUUAUUAGUAGAAAACAGCAGUUGUGUUUCUCUCUCUGUUUUCUGGAUUUUUAUUUUUCUAGCUCUCAGAAAAUCUGUAUUGUAGACCAGAGGAUACAUUCUUAUUAAAAUAGAGCAUUGCAUAUUUUAUAAUUGCAGAUUAUUAUGAGUAAAUAAAAUAGUGAAAGAUGUGA